AUGUGCAGAGGUAGGGCUCCACCUAGUGGUGCUCGUUGGUGCCCAUUGUGUGCAGUUGCCGUUGACGACAAUAAGGAGGCUUGGAAGUCCCAUUUGUCUGAACACUGCUACAAUAAUCUUAGAAGAAGUGGCCCUGAUAUUGAGUUGGACACCGUGCCAGGCAUCGUAGAAAAGAAAAAAACUCGUCCGCCUUCGGCUGUAUCCACAAAGGUUGUUAGCGGUGGAAGAAUGAUUGAUGCAGAUAAAUUAGUGGCAGCAUUGCAGGCAGACCUUGAACGCGGUCACACACUGCAACUGCGAACUUAA